GCCAGUUUAUUGUCCACUGAAGCCACAGGCCUAUAUAUAAGCAUACAGAUCAGGGUGGAGUAGUCAGACCUGUCUGCUAAAGCCACAGGACUAUAGUGAACGCACAGGUCUGUGUGGACUCAACAAGACCUGUCUACUGAGACCAAAGGACUGGAGAUCAAGGACCACUAUGGACUCAACCAGACAUGGCUAGGGAAGCCCCGGACCAGAUAAACCAACAGAUCCACGUGGACUCAACCAGACUGCACUUCUGAAUCCACAGGACUAGAGAUCAACGAACAGAUCCACAUGGACUCAACCAGACCGUUGUACUGAGAAGUUGGACUACAGAUCCACCAACAGCGUGGACUCGACCGGACUACUGUCUACUGAACCACUACUCUAACCACACAGACAUCCACCAACAGAUCCGCCUAGCCUAGCCCCGCCGCCAUGCGCUCCUCGCCCCCCAACGCCUCCCGCUUCGGGGACCCCCAGCUGACGGACGGCGUGUACCUCACGCUGUCCGCCAUCAUGGCGCUGGUCACCGCGCCGUCCCUCGUGCUCAACGCCACGGUGGUCAUAGUGACGCUGCGGCACAAGAAGCUGCGCCUGCCGCUCAACAUCGCGCUCGUCAACAUGGCGGUGGCCGACCUGGGCGCCGCCCUGACCGGGGGGGUCCUCGGCGUGGUGUACAACGCCUGGCCCGGACACCCCCCGCUGGGCAGGACGGCCUGCGUGGUGGAGGGCUUCGCGGUGUCCGUGUUCGGCAUCACGUCCCUGUGCACGGUGGCCCUGAUUGCCAUGGAGAGGAUGUUUGUGGUCUGCAAGCCCCUGGGCCAGUUCAACUUCCAGAUGAAGCACGCCGCGGUCGGUGUGGCUCUGUCCUGGCUCUGGUCGCUGGGCUGGAACCUGCCCCCCCUCUUCGGCUGGGGCCGCUACGAGCUGGAGGGCGUGGGGACGUCCUGCGCCCCAGACUGGCACAGCCGGGACCCCAGCACCGUCUCCUACAUCCUGUGCUACCUGUGCCUGUGCUUCGCCAUGCCCUUUGCCCUCAUACUGGCGUCCUAUGGGAAGCUGCUGUGGACGUUGCACCAGGUGUCCAGGAAGGUGUGUCUGGAGGGAGGGGCCUCAGCACGGGCGGAGGCGAAGGUGGCGCGCAUGGUGGUUCUCAUGGUGGUGUGCUUCCUCACGGGCUGGCUUCCUUACGCCGGCAUGGCCAUGGUCGUGGUGUACAGCCCCGAUGUCCACAUCUCUCCGCUGGUGGCCACGCUGCCCGUGUACCUCGCCAAGAGCAGCACUCUUUUCAACCCCCUUGUAUACAUCUUCCUCAAUAAACAGUUCCGACAGUAUGCGGUGCCCUUCCUGCUGUGUGGGAGGCAACCCUGGGUUGAAGAGGAGGACGUAUCAGAGACACAGACCAUGGUGGAGUGAAGCAAUGAGAGGUAGCCCUACUGAUAUCCUGGUCCUUCAGGUCAAGUCAUCCAUCAUAUGUGCUGUGUGCAUUAAAAUUUUAAAUACCUCAACAUGUAAACGUCUAUGUGUACGCAUUUAUAUUCAGUGUAUUAUGUAUGUAUAUGUAUGUAAGCAUGUUUAUGUUUGCAAUAGUGAUAAUGAAUGUGUGCGUAAUGGAUUAUUGUUGUAUAAGAGCUUUUACAUAUAUUUGAUGUUUACUGCUGGACAGGAAUAAUGAUCUAUGAACUAUGCGUAUUUUAGCAUAAGUUUAUUCAGUAAUAACCAUUACAAAAUAAAAUAUCAGUAUUGAUUCAAAUAAUGUCAAGGCCAAAAUAAAAUGGAAAUAUACAAAAAAUGUAUUAAUACAAAACCUAGAGGGAUACAGUGAAGCAUUUUGCUACUAAGAGAAAUCAUGUUGACUGAAUAAAAACAUUACAGAGCAAAUAUCAAGACUUUCAAGUAGAGGGUCUGUCCAUACUUUUGUACAUAGUUUACAUUAUCUUCUAUUUUAAUACAUAUCUCAUAACAUUAAUAUUUUGUAAUAAUAAUUAGAAUCAUAGCAAUAGAAUGAAAACUAAUAAACUUUUUCAAAUCAA